AUGUGUCGAAAUGACUCGCACACAUCAUCUUCUAUCAAAGACGGCAUUACUUCAAACAACGUCGUUGAUGGAAAUCGUUUCUCCAGAAUAGUCAAAAUUUCAUUAGACAAAACAUACGCGAACGACCGAGCGAACCAAAUGCGUCUAUUCGUACUCAAUGAAAAUCUAAUGCGUCUUGUAUGCGAUCAUAAUCGCAUUUCGAAGUUUGUUUUUCACUAG